CGGUUUGUAGGGACCCUACUAUUGCGGUGUGGGAGCAGACAAAGUCUACGCUAGGGAUAUCGUUGAGGCUCACUACAAUGCUUGCUUGUACGCUGGAGUCAAUAUCUCUGGUAUCAAUGCUGAGGUCAUGCCCUCACAGUGGGAAUUUCAAGUUGGGCCAUGUGAAGGUAUCACAAUCGGUGAUGAGCUAUGGAUGGCCCGAUUCCUGCUGCACAGAGUGGCAGAAGAAUUCGGUGUUGUCGUUACUCUCGACCCCAAACCCAUGGAAGGAGACUGGAAUGGUGCUGGAGCUCACUGCAAUUUCUCCACGGAAGCAAUGAGGAAACCCAAUGGAAUUGUGUAAGUA